AUGACCACAAUUAUCGAGGCAAAUGUGGCUAAUGAUGAUAAAAAGGGUUCCCUCACGGAAGACAACAGCAGACCAGCUCUUGCUCAGGCCCCUGUGCUUGUGGUAGGCGCUGGUCCUAUUGGGCUGGUGACAGCGUACCAGCUAGCGAGGCGUGGAAUCCGCACCGUCCUCGUCGAAAGGAAUCAUGAAACGACCAGAUGGCCCAAAAUGGACAUUACCAAUGCGCGCUCGAUGGAGCUUUUGGCUCGACUUGGCUUAGCAGAGAAGCUUAGGAAACAAGGCGUUCCGCAGCAAUUCUCCCUGAACUGUCUGUUCAGUACAGGACUCUCUGAUGGAGGAGAAGUUAUUGCCAAAUGGGAUCUCCCCUCGCCCGAAAAUAUGUGGCAACAAAUCAAUGAGAAGAAUGACGGAGCUCUGCCCAGUCAAGCUUAUUUGCGUUGCUCGCAGAGCAUAUUCGAGGCCUGGCUCAAACCUAUUGUGGAAGCGGAGCCUUUGGUCGAAUGCUUUUCAGGAAUCAAAUUCCAGUCCUUCAAAGAGUUGGAUGAUCGGGUAGAAUCUGCCGUCACGAACGUAGAUUCUGGGGUUGAAUACAUCAUUUCCAGCCAGUAUGUGAUCGGGUGCGAUGGGGCAGGAAGCCGGGUGAGAAAAUCAGCUGGGAUUGAGCUCACUGGUACUCCAAUCUCUGUGCCGACACUGCUAGUGCACUUCAAGUCCAAAGAUCUGGACGUCCUUCAUCGACAGGGACAGUUCUGGCACUUAUUUCUGUCUCAGGGUGCGGUCGUCAUCAAUCAGGAUGAAAAGGAUACAUGGACAAUGCACAUCCCCUUGCCAUCCGAAGCUGACAUAAACGAUCUCAAUCCUGAAGAGAUGGUAUAUGCCGCGCUGGGGGACGCUGGGCCCCCACAAGAAUUCAGAAUCGACCAGAUCCUUGUCACCACACAUCAGAAUAUUCCAUUCGGAGGAUAUGGCAUGAACACGGGUGUGGGAGACGCAUAUGAUAUUGGCUGGAAACUAGCCGCGUUUCUCAACUCUCAAGGGGGUGAAGCCUUGCUAGACUCGUACGAGAUCGAGCGCCGCCCUGUUGCCCUUCGGAAUGUUGCCAUGUCCGGCAGCAAUGCGGAGGUUCAUUUGAAGUACGUCACAUGGGUUCGCCAGGAGACCCCGGGUCUCAUUCGAAGUAAUACCCUAGAGGGGAGGAAAUUCCGUGACCGCAUCCGCGCACAUGUCCUCGCAAACGAUGGGGAGAACAAGUCUCUUGGGAUCGAGAUGGGAUAUCGAAACGAUAUGUCUCCUGUCAUUGUCUAUGACAGCAGAGCUCAAAAGGAGCCAGAAUGGACUCAGCGAAAUUACUAUCCUUCAACAUGGCCGGGGGCCCGAGCACCCCACGUCUUCCUCAGCGACGGUGUAACUUCGAUCUAUGAUCUCUUGGGCCUUGACUAUACCCUGGUUGAUUUCACGGCUGAUGGUUUGAAUGCAAAAAAGUUCGCUACCAUCGCGAUUCAGCUCAAGGUACCACUAUCGACGGUUCAUCUUCCGGAUGAAGCACAUGUCCGUCAGAUCUGGGAGCGGGACGCGGUUCUGUUAAGGCCGGAUUUGCACGUUGCCUGGCGCGGUGAUGGGGAUCAGCCUCCAAAAACAACUGCAAUUGAAGAUAUCCUUCGCACCAGCGCUGGAAAACAGAUCAAUUGA